AUGAGUGAAUUUGAUGCCAAUAAACAGAAGAAAGGAUUACGUAGAACAUAUGGAAAAAGAAGACUUCCUUAUGAUAUUUUUGGAAAUUUUAAAAUGUGGAAUGAUAUAGAAAAUUCACCAAAUUUAAAAAAUAAAGACAAUAAAUCUACAGAUGUUUCAGAAGAAAAUAAAGGUUCAUUAUCGUCGUUUUCUGGUUCAAAACUUUCUCCAAAUUGUAUUGGUUCUAUAGUGAAAAAAGCAUCUUUUUUAUACAAAAUAUCAGUCAAACAGGACCAAGAAAAUUCACCAUUAAAUAAAUUAAAAAAACCACUUCAGAAUCAAGAAAACAUUAUGUUGCAUACUUUUGUCUCUACAGAUAAAAAAAAUCAUUUAGAAAGUAUAGAAUCUACGAAUACAAAUCCAUUAAAAAAUACUUUUUUAAAUAAAACAGAAUGUCUUUUGAAAAGUCAAACAAAAAAAAAGCCAUCAAUAAUGGAAUCACUACUCUCUUUUGCAUCUCAGUCUGAAAUAUUCAACUUUUCAGAUUAUAUUUCUUCAUUGUUAUCUACAUAUACUAUAUCUAAGCUCGGAGAAGCUUCUUUUAGUGAAGUUUAUCUUAUAAAAAAUAAAAACGAUGAAGUUGUCCUCAAGAUUGUUCCUUUUGGUAAAGAAGGUCAAGAAGAUCCUCAAGAUGUUUUACAUGAAGUAAGAGUUACUCUAAAAAUGUCAUCAAUAAAUGGUUUUGUAAAAUCAAAAGGGUUUGCUAUUGUUAAAGGAGUUUAUCCAGAACAUCUUAUUUGUUUAUGGGAUAAAUAUAAAAAGGAUUUUAAAUCAGAAAAUCCUCGUCCUGAUUUCUACCGUGAAGAUCAGCAUUUUUGCAUCUUGCUGCUUGAAAAAGGAGGAAAAGAUUUAGAACAUGUUAAUAUUAAAUCAUGGAAACAAGUUAAUAGAAUAUUCUGGCAUAUAGUAAAAGUUCUAUCUGAAGGAGAAAAGAAAUAUGAAUUUGAACAUCGAGAUCUCCAUUGGGGGAAUAUAUUAGUUAAUGAAAUUUUCGAUUCAUCAGAAGAUUUAUUGUCCGAACUUAGUUUGUAUAAUACUCAUUUUCAACAACCAUGUAUUAUUAUUAUUGAUUAUACACUUUCUAGAUUAAGAUGUAAUGAUCAUAUAGGAAAAUUAGCUUGGAAUAAUCUUGAAGAUCAAGAAAUUUUUCAAGGCCAUGGUGAUUACCAGUAUGAUAUAUAUAGAAUGAUGAAAGAUUAUGUUUUUUCUCUUAACAAAUCAUGGUCAGAAUUUAUUCCACGUACAAAUGUGUUUUGGUUGCAUUAUUUAAUAGAUAAGCUUAUUCAUUGCAAGGGUCUUGUGCGUCCUCCAACAAGACUUUCAAAAAGAACAAAUUCCAUAAAUCAUGCGGAUGUUGAAAUAGAAAGAAUGUUUUAUGAAAGAGUUGAAUCUAUAUGGAAAACAAUUAAUCCUAAAAAAAAGCAGUUUAAUGGAAAAAACCUACUAGAAUUUAAUUCUGCAGAAGAUGUACUAUCAUGGGGAAUAAAAGAGGGAUUAACUUAA